UCUCACUUAGCUCUAGAUCAGAACGUCGCGUGCACUCGAGGAGAGCGAAUGUGUUUUUUCCGUUGUUUGUCAUCGCCCGUCGUCGUCGCCGUCUGCCGUCGUCGCCGUUUUUUCCAGCAUAAUCUCUCAUUAUAAAAGUGCAUUUUGUGUCGUGCUGCGGAGGUAGCGUCCGGCCAAAGGUGUUUAGCGCUCAUAGGAGCCUGCUUUUAUUUUCCUUCUUUUGUUGUGCAGUUUUAUUCGCGGGGAUCUAGAAGAACAACGCGCCGAGUCGAGGUCAGAAGAGUUCGAAAGUGCUGAAGCAAAAGCGAAUAAAACGGAGUUCUACGCGGCUUCCUUGUGUUGUACGUUAUCCUCUUGGUUUUAAGUGUGUGGACAUUACAUUCGAAAGAUACAAAAGAUUAUUUUCACUUCAUUUUGCGAUCGCUUUGAGAUCCAACUAAUAUCUUCGGAAGCUAACCUCCGUUUUCAUGUGUAGUGAUUGUUGCCUGGAAGCAGCAGAAACAAAACGAAACAGCCAAACAAAUUGUUACCAGAAGAACAGGAAAACGGAAACGAAUAAUCGAUUACAAAACAACAUUUGCUGAUUUCUCCUGCAGGAAGAUAAUCUCGCUGGAAUUGCAAACCGAAACGGCAGAACCUAACUAGCGAGUAUACGAAACACAAACCUAGAUCGUACCAAGAGAUCGUUUCCUAGUGUAUUUUGGUAGUGCGUUUGAAAACUGCAAGUAGUGUGGAAUCCAAAACAAAGCUGUACUGUAGUGUGGAAAAUCUGGUAACCAGUAUUUAUACAUAUAUAGAAAUCGGAGAAUUUUGUUGAGCGCAUCCCCAGUAGAAAGCAAAACAGAAAACAAGAUAACCGAAAACAAACACCUAUUACACAGUAGAAAAAUUUGAAAAAAAAAAAUGCUGUUUGAAAAUCCUGUCGCGGCCGCAAAAAUGUUCCCAUACAGUGUACCUCCGCCGAUUCAAGGUGCAGCAGCGGUCCCGGUGCAAAAUUUAAGAUUGCAUGGAACUACUUUUAGCGCUGGAACCUUGGACACAACCGGAUUGCUUGAGCAUGACCUACACAACCCACUGGUGCCAAUCAAAACAGCAAACCUUCUCACACCACAAGCUGCCGCCGCAGCCGUCGUUGCCCAACAGAACAGAGAUCAACAACAACAACAGCAACAACAGUUACAACAACAGCAACAACAAUUGCAGCAGCAACAGGUGCAACAGCAAGAACAGAAACAACUGCAGUCAAAUUGCCAACUUGCACUCGUUAGUAACGUUGCCACCAACACCUCCAAAGCCGGUUCCACUAAUGGAAGCUCGUCGGGCCGCUCAACGCCCAACAGCAGCAGCGAUCCAGCGCCAGGAAAGUUAUUCGUCGGUGGACUCAGUUGGCAGACAUCGUCUGAGAAGCUCAGCGAAUAUUUCGGAAUGUUCGGUAAAGUGACGGAUGUGCUGAUCAUGAAGGAUCCCAUCACUCAGCGAAGUCGUGGAUUCGGAUUCAUCACAUUCCAAGAACCAAAUAGCGUAGACAAAGUUCUUAAAGUGCCAAUCCACACUUUGGACGGAAAGAAAAUCGAUCCCAAGCAUGCGACUCCAAAGAAUCGCCCGAAGACCCAAUCGAACAAAACAAAGAAAAUCUUCGUGGGAGGCGUUUCGCAGGACACUUCGGCAGAAGAGGUUAAACAGUAUUUCAGUCAAUUUGGCAAAGUUGACGAAACGGUUAUGCUUAUGGAUCAGCAGACGAAACGUCACCGUGGAUUCGGAUUCGUCACGUUCGAAAACGAAGACGUGGUGGACCGGGUUUGCGAGAUCCAUUUCCACACGAUCAAGAACAAGAAGGUCGAGUGCAAGAAGGCUCAACCAAAGGAAGCCGUGACCCCCACUGCCCAGCAGCUAUUGCAGAAGCGAAUCAUUCUGGGUAACCUGGGACUGCCAAUCGCGACACCAACUGCAGCACGUCUGGUUGGGGCCGCACAGGCCGCCCAGUCACCGCUAGUCAGUCAGCUGGCCAAUCCGCUGAUGGUACAGGCACAAGCACAGGCCGCUCAAGCUGCUGCAGCAGCCGCCGCGAUGCAGGUGCAGAAUGGCUUCGGAAAGAUGUUCACCACAUAUCCACCAACGUUACAUAGUUUCAGAUACUCACCAUAUCCCAUGCCCUCAGCUGCUGCCGCUCACGCUGCAAAUGCAGCUGCUGCUAGUGCAUCAAAUCAUCAACUAACUUCCGCCGCGGUAAAUGCACAGGCUGCCGCCGCGGCAGCUGCCAGCCAACAACACCAGCAUGCCCCACCGAUGACUGGCCACACCACUCAGCAACCCGCGCCAGCCCAGCAGCAACCAACCAAUCCUGCAGCGAACCACCAGCUCAUGUCAGCCCAUCAGCUAGCCGCCGCAACCGCCGGCAAUCCCUACCAGGGUUAUAGCCUUGCUAACGUGGACAUGUCCAGCUUCCAGGGCGUCGAUUGGGGUUCGAUGUACGGCAUGGGAAUACUGUUUUCCGAAGCGCACUGUUGAAGGCAGAGUGCAUGAUUUGUAGCAGCCGGGAGUGAAAGUUGCAGCAACGGCCAGCAAUAGUUGUGAUAAAUGCGCGUAAGUGAUAACAAGUACACCCUGUCCGGAGGCGUCCUGUGGUGCGGGACAUAUCGUAUAGGAUCUCCUAAUGAUCACUACAUGGGUGCGUUAUGAAGACACCUCUGCCCGGGACAAGGGAUUUGCGUUUAAGCGGUUAGGAUAUCUUCUGUGUACAAGACUGCCUUUUUUUAUUAUUCUUUUAAAUGUUAUUUUUUAUAAGUUACGAGUACGUUGUAUAAUUUCAAGUAGUAUUUUAGUUAAGUAGUUUCAAAUUUAAGUUUUACGGCUUAAUGUGAUCAAGGCGUAGCGUUGCACAAUGCUUUUUAAGUAGAUGUUUCAGUUUGAGGGCGUUGGCGUCCAAUAAACAGUAUUUCUUCAUGAUUAAUUGUUGUUGAGUAUCCAUGUAAACAUAUACUUUUGUUGUCAUUAGACAAAACAACCCAGAAAAGACAAGAGAGUGUGAUUCUAUGGUGGUAUGCGUGGAUUUAAAAAAAAGUGGCUUCGGGUAAUAUGUACCCCUGGAAUUAAGUUAGCAUGUGCUUACCCUACUAAACAACGUAAAAUUUCUAAUUUUCAUACAAAUAUUCAAGCACCGAGUCAAAUGUUUUAAUUGCCAUUUUCUUGAAAUUAUUUAAAACUUAAGAAAUAGCAUAGAGAACACUGGAAAAUGUUACUUAUGUGUUUGCCAUCAUAAGAUUUACAUUCACAGUAGUUGUACUAUAGAGCACUGCACUGCUCAUGAUUUCAUAGUUGACGUAACAAUUAUUGAACUUUCGCAUGUAUUUGGGAUAAUUUAAAGACAAACAUCGCAAAUCUAAAACAUUUCAACCCGUAAACACCUAAAUAAGGUUUGAAACAUGCAACGUAUCGAUGUCACAGUGGUUGAGCUACGCUCUUUGAAACUGAAAUCAUGGACAGUGCAGCAAAAAUGCCCUUGAUAAGAAAACAAAUUUUGCAGCUACACCCAAUCAGAGGAUGCCAAAUUUUCUUACAAUUUUGUACACAUGAAAUGUUGUAAAACACUUAUACGAUUCUGAUAUUUUAUGUUUUGCAAUUGACGAAUAAAGGUUGUAUGAAGAAAACGAAGAAGAAACAGAAAGAUGCUAAUUGAAAAAAAAAUGCACGGGUAAGUAUACGGAGAAGUUUUUAAAACACUUCUCAAAAAUUCUAAAAGCAAUUUACUUAAUUACGUUUAACAGUACGAGGUUGGACUUUUCUUAUAUUGUGUAUAAGUGUGCAACAUCACAAAAUAAAAUAUAAAAUCGAAAUGAUUUGUUUUUAUACAACACAUAUUAUAAGACAAGUCUAACCCAGUACUGUUAACCGUUUUUAAUUGAAUAGCUUCUAAUUUUUUUUCGAGAACAGUUUUAAAAAGUUCUCUGUAUACUUUCCCGUGCAUUUUUUUGUGCAUUGAGAAUCAUUUUUAAAAUUACCAUCAUGUUUUCACACAAAAAAAUGUCAAAUCAAACAGCAACCACUUCUUAACACGCAUAUGAAAUAUGAAUUGGUUUGUUUGCAUUGUCGAGUUUAAAGAAUUCAUCUCCCACUCAAAGCACGACAACAUAUGUUCACGAGUCCCCACAACUUGUUCUGAUCACUGUAAUUAGACGCUCGCUCACUAAAUCCCUCUCAUGUUUUCAUCUGCUUUCUUUGGACUGCCCUACUAGAAGAAUAAUUAUUCUUCUAUGACGUGAUCCAUUCUGGUUAUAUUCGUACGAUUAGCUAGAAUCGAGUGUAGUUGUCCAAUUCCAAAUCAUGUCAAAAAAAAUAUCCAAGGAGAAGCAGAUUUGUACAUAAUUUCUUACCAUUAUAUCCGGUAAAACAUUAAUCUAUAAUAGUAAAUAUUUUAUGCGUAGAAAAAGCUAUUAUUUUAUUUUACUUUUCUUUUUCAACUUCCCCUUCUCCCUUUUAGUCUUGGUAUCGAUUGCUUUUACGUUGUUUUAAAGCCAUGCAUUAUGAAGUACUGGCUAUAAUGCCCAUUUUAUCUGUCCAGUUGCUUAGUAGUGGUUCCAACUUAAGAAAUGGGAUAUUCUUUGAUCAAACGUACUGAGUUCUUCCAAUCACUCGUUUAUAAAGAAAUAUAAGUUUGUACAAGUAUGCAUCUGUUAUCAAUUUCGAAAUAGUAUCUGUAUUAUAAACAUACUAAGUAGGACUGUGGUAGAUAAACAUUUGGUUCGUACUUUUCCUUAGAAUGAUUCAAAACUAGUGAUAGUAGUAAAAAAUUUCCUGUAAUGUUUCACUAUAUCGGUCAGCAUGGUUUUUUUUUUGGUUAACUCCCAUUUUCGCCAAAUAAAAUAUAUACAUACUUUGACGUUUAAACAAUUUGUUGAUGUUUCUUUGAAGCAAUUCGCAGCGAAUUAUAGUAGUUAGUGUAUUUUAACUCAAGAUUUAUCGACUAAUGCCCUCUGUAUUAAUGACAAUAUCCACCAUUGGACUUUAAUUUAGACUUAUAGUUAUUAUUCACGAAUAUUUAUCGAUAAAAUAUAGUUGUUGCUAGGAUGACACAAGCGAAGCUAAAUUGAACAUAUCCAUCUACUUAGCGUAUGAACCUGGAGUGACAAAUUAAGUCUAAAACAAGUAAACCAUUGAACAAACAAAAGAAGUUAUAUAUUCUGAAUUAUUAUUGCGUAUGAAUAAAACCAAACGAUCUUCCAUAGGCAAGUAAAUAAAAAGUAAAUAAAUAACUAUUUAAGUGACGUUAAAUCAAAGAAAUUAAACUUCAUCGAGAAGAGCUAAUAUUUAGUAAAACUACUUAAUCUGGUAAUCGAUAUAAUGUAUCAGACACAUCAAGAACGCGUACGCAAGCACGCACUGUCAAUCAGUAAAACACACUAACUGCUAAAGCAAAUCCUCAAAGCUGUUGAAACGUCAAAAAGCCAAAGGCAUCGGCAAGACACAAAUGCAAACUUAUAUCUCUCGGUAAAUUGAAAUCUAAACUUGUGAGUGAGAAUUUUAGUAAUUUUUUACAUAAUAAGAACAUUCUGGCUGCGAAUGCAACCAAAUCCAAUAUUUUGACUAUCCUGCGUUCCGCGAUAUGUUUCUUCUUCAACGUUCUACGGAUCAAGAUUACACAGAUUUUCUAUUAUAAGCCUUUCGUAAUAUUUUAUAGAAGAAUACAUAUUUGGGUAAUUGUUGUUGUUGCAAACUUUUUGCAUGGUGGUUCUCCCUAGUUCUGGAAGGGAGCGCACCGUUGUUGAUAUUAUUAAUUAUUGUUGUAGACAACAAUUGUGAGAAGUCGAAAAAUUACAAAUCUGCAUAAACGAUUAGUAAAUGACCGUUGCGUGGACCAAUCUACAUGAGAACAAAAACAGUAAAAGCAAGCGAUACGAGACAAAAAAAAGUUGGGAGUUUAAAAAAUUUGGAAAUUUAACACUACAAAAGAAUAAUACACAAACAAAACAAGAGCUUCGCGACAAAAGACAAACGCCGUAGAUCGGGGAACAUCACUUAUAAAGCAAACACAUAAUAUGAUUGAUAUUGAGAAUAAAAAAGAAUAUUAUGGAAAUAAUCCCAUCGAAUUUUGAAUUUUGCAGUUUUGAUCAAUUUUAAGACAAACAUUAGAUUGUAAAAAUCAAUUAUCACCAAAACAAAAGAGUAACUAUAGUAAAGACAACAAAUGAGUGCAUGUUAUUAUGAUAUGAAUGUAAAAAAAAAACAGUUCAAGUGAAUCUAAAUCGCUGAUAAGGGUAAUCUGAUGUUAAAAAUCGAAUUCAACACAGGACUUAAAAUCUCAAUCGACAAACAUCAAUUGCGCAAUAAAUUGUCGCAGCUAUGAUAAUAGAUAUACAUAACUGUAAAGAUGACUAGUUAUAACAAUAAUAAUUGCUCGAAAACAGUGACCAUUUGCAAAGAAAAAGACAGUACGAUUGCUGUUUCACUAUAAAUAUCGACUGCUUUGCCAUCAGCGGAAGGGCACCUCUGAUAUGUGCUGGUGAUGAAAUAAGAAAUGCAUCAAAAAUUGGCAGCUUUUUAUAUUCACUUCGUUUUGAUCUCCCGCUAGGCAAACUAGCUAGACAUACAUUAUAUGUGUAAGGUGCUGGUAAACGUUACCGUGAUGAAUCGAUAGUUUAGAGACCGAAGUACAUACAAACGAACGUUUCGCCGAAGUGAAAAAAAAAAUCACCAAUUCUUAGUUUUCAAUUUAAACGCGGAUUAGAAAUUGGAAAACAAUAAUAAGGAGCUUCAAGGGACUAUUAGUUUAAGUUAGUUUCGAUCUCGAACUUUGGAGAAUGGUGUCACUAGAGCGAAGGUGCGUUUUGGAUCAUAAAGUGAUUCAUGUGAAGCUGAGGACAGACGACAGAGGGUGCCGGCAUUUCGCUUAUACUUUAAAGCGUACAAAGUUUCUGAAAAUUGUUUUUCAUGAAAUAUUACAUAAUUCUUUUAAUAACCGGAUUGUUUUGAUAGCAAAAUAUGAAUUUUCCGAUUAUUGCUCUGUGCAUCAGAUGGCUAUCUGCCGUUGAUGGAGCUACAACAAAAUUGAUAUGUUUCCCAUUUUUUGAUUAUGUUGAAAAAUGAAAAAUUGACAGCGUUUUGAACAAAACAAAUAUGCUUUUUGGACGCAACAAUGGACAUAAAAGCUUGCACCAAAGCCACUGGUUAAGAUAAAGGAAAUCGACUACCGUCGUCGGGGGUGACAAUGGGUCAAAUAGGGGUGAGAAUGGGUCACUGUUUCAAGUACUUAGAAUGCUUGUAGAAUAGAUUGAAUGUAUCUGAGGGCAAGAAGACUAAAAUAUAAGAGACCUUUUUGAACGAUUUUGCUAUCCGACCUCCAGGCUGCCAGUGAGAGCGAUGACCCAUUCUCACCCGCCAAACCCAUUGUCAUUCCCUAUGGCGGUACAUAUGAUGGCAUAAAACAUGGUGCAGAGUUCAAAAAUUCAUAUCGGACAAAUGUCCGCCAAAUUUGACAUUAUAGUUCCGAAAAAAUCGCGUUAGCGAAUUUUUAUCCUAUAGUACGCCAUUCUACCAAAGUAAGAUCAAAACCAACCAGAAACAGUUGCUCCAUUGUUGCUAAGAAGAAAAUUAUAACAAAUGUGCAUUCAAACUAGGACCAUUCACAAAGAUAACAGGAAAUCAGCUUUCAAUGAGAAAAAAAUAUUUUAUUGCUGAUACAUUCGCAAGUACUUGGCAUCAUUAUCAGACAUUUAUAAACCAAUAUAUGUACUGAUGUUCAAAUUGUUCUUUUUUAUACAAUGCGGUAGAAGUGGGUAUUGGGUAUAUAUCGAAAAUGAUUUUUUAUUUAAUGUUCUCCAUGGGAAUAGAUGUUUUAGUUUCAAAAAGAUCAUCGGAAUGUUUUCAUAUUAUGACAUACUUUGUACAUUAUUAUGCAUUAUGGUAAUUACGUACAACCUAACUUUGUGAAGGUAUUUUUUUUAAGUUGAUCAGAGUUCAGUAUUGAAAAAUCUAAAAGACUUCAACGCAUCAGAAUAGUACGUGCAGCAUCGGAAAGAUAUAAGCAAUAUGGCAUUGUAUGUAAUGAUUAUUGAAAAUUAUUUCAACACAGGAAUAGAGUAUUGCAUUAUGACAUAUUUUCACAGUUCACACGGCUUAGUAUCUGGUCGAUGCAGCUUCUCGAUUGAAUCUGUUACAACUAACUGAACAGAAGAUUACAAGAUAUUUAGACCAAAAAUCGUAACUGUAACAUUCUUUAAACAAGCUUUAUGAACUGUCGAAGUAAGUGAUUAUGCGAGAUCUUCCACUGGUCGAUUAUUGGAAAGAAAUUAGAGUUACGCACUCCAAAAGUGGUAAUAAUACCAAAUAUUAUUUCUUGAUUUGUAGCUUUAUGGCAGUAUUGAGUUCCUAUAACUUACAUGCGAAUAAUUCCCCAAAAGUCAUUGUCUCAAAAGAUUUUCAUUUAAAAAAUUAGAAUAUACAUCAAAAAUUGAUGGCAAACUUAUUGACAAUACUUUAUUUGAGCAACAAGCUAUAUAAUACAUUAUUACAAAUAUCGUGUAAAUUGCACGUCUACACUCAACAUUUAUAAAAAAAUCCACCUGAAUAGGUGCGCUGCAAAAGCUAUUCAUAUUUAUUAUAAUCUGAAUAUAUACAAACACGGUCUCAACAAAGCCACAUGAGACAUACAUACACAGAAACUCUUAAGGGAAGAUUCACUUACACUUACAAAUACAUACAAAGCAACUUUUUUUGUGAGAGUUGAGAAGUAAAUAUAAUCAGUACGUUCUCCCUAUUUAUGGAAGCGUCUUAAAAAAACUGAUAAGCAAUAAAACUUAGUUUUUAUAUCAAGCAAAAAAAACAUAAAUGAGCGGUUUGGAUGAGCAAAUGGAAAGAAGUCACGCAAAAAAAAAAUGCAAAUAAACAUCUCUACUUGUCGGUCACGAGCUGGUCGAAAAUAAACUUAUCAUUAUAUACAAUUAAUUAUACACUUUGAGUAGUUAGACAGGGAGAAAGAGAAAUGAGUUAAUAGAAAACUGAUUCGGUGAGAACGAAAGUGAGAGAUAUAUAGCGUGCGUGUUAUUAUCAUUAUUAUAAAUAAAUUAUUGACAACUGGGAAAACUCGAAGGAAGAGUGCAAAUGAAAAAAAAAAUACACGAAAAAAUAAUGCAAAAAGCUACAAUUAGUUUGUUGAAAAUGUUUGGAAGUUGGAAAGAAAUUAGACAACAAGCAUGGAUAGUAUGCGUCAACCAGGUGGAACAGAACCUAAAAAAUAGUGUUCUACGCUAGGCUAAGCUUCGUUGGGACUGUAUGUGUAGCAUCGUUGUGUAGAACGCAAGCUUUCUUCUAUGGUAGAAAUGUGUUUCGAUCACCGAUAUUUAGAUUGUUUCCCAAUGUUGGAAGUUUUGUACAAAAAUGGUAUCUUUCCAAAUGGGAUAUGGGUGGAGUGGGUGUUUUAACGUGUGACUGUUUAGAAGUUGUGUUGAAUUUGAUGCAGAAAAUCAGUGAUUAUUGGAUACAAUUAAAUAUAAAAUAAUGCGGGUGUAGUGUGAUCGGAGUACAUAAGUUAGUAUUUUGGAAAGUUAAGUUGUAUCCCAUUAGAAUUUCUCUGCACCAGUAGUGGCCGACAAAAUUUGGCUGGUCCACAAACUUACCACUAUUGGUAGUUUGCAAUAAAAAAAACGAAAGCAACCGAAUAUUGGCUGUAUCUUAGAUUGAUUGAUUCACCAACCCUACAUAGCUCGUAAGCAUCCUACAUUCGAACAGUAUUGGAAUAAAGUAAAUGUGUUCCUCGAUUUUGGAAACUAAGCAGAUCUAAUCCGGAGGUAAUGUGAUACGUUUAUGUAUUUUUUUUAUACGUAUGUUUGAGCAGCAAACAAUUCUAGGCAACCAUCCACUUAUUUUACUUUCCUGAAUCACACUCUCCUACGCUCUAUUAGUAGUAGUGUUUUAAAGCAGUAGUUUGCAAUAAGCAAAUAUAAUUACAUUAUGCAACAUUAUCGUACAUAGUUUGAAGAACAAUAGAACUUGUAGAAGUAUCUUUAGACUGUUUCACAUGUAUAACCUGAGAGAAGUAAUAAAAACAGAACAUAUGAAUAGAACUACACAAAAGUAUUACAUAAAUAUUUAUAUAUCUAUAUAUACAUAUAUACAUUGUAGAAACAUAGCUAUGUUUAGUGCAUCUGUUUGAUUACGUAUGAAAACAACCUAGUAUUGUAAUUAUUGCCAAACAAUUUGGUAUCGAAUAAUCAAUAAAUCAACAAUUGGGUCUGUUCAAAAGCAACAGAAUAACAUAACGAUGAAUCAUUCUCGUUUAUUGUAGUGAUAGAGCACACCACUAUUUUGUAAGAUUAAUAGAAACAAUAGUAAACACACCGUUUGUAGUAUUGAUUGAAAACCACCAAAUACUCAAAUAGUUCCCAUUGAUUUUGGAAAGACUCGAUCAAAUUAUUUUUAUUGACUCCAGUGGGACUUCCACAAAAGUGAACUUCAUGACCAAAACUAUUUCACUGACAUACUACGACUUAAAAACUGUACCAUCUCUAAAUAGAACGCUUACGUAUCCAAACUAAUUCUUAUUUUCAACGGACACCCUCAAAACUUAUGCUUUCUUAUACUUCGAACAUGCUUUUGGGAAAAAUGUUUGAUCGGUUUUUGGUUAAAAUUUCAUGAACGGCAGUUGAAAUAAUCCAAACUUUUUAAUGAAGGAAGCUUCGUAUUUGCUUCCAAAUGUAUUAUAAAUGAUAAUAAGUUUCAUCUUAUAUGACCGUUUUUUUCUAACUAUUCUCUACCUCGAAGUUUAGGUCGGAACAAAUACUGAUUUCUUUUUUCGUCCCAUUAUUCUGUUUAUUAUGAAGGGGGUGAUAAAUUUAAAAUAAAUAAAUAAACAAACUCAUCAGAUUUCAUAAAGAAUUUUCUUUCCCAUAAAUCUUCAUAAAUGAUUAAAUUUCCAUGUAUUUCAGUCUAGUUUCCCUAGUUGAAAUUAAACGCACUGUAUCUGGUCAAACUGAAAUUUUCAAAAUAUGUUAUUCGAGGUGCAUAAUUUUGAAAGGUGCUCCGUAAAAGAUUUUAUUUUCCUAAACCGGAAUCAAUAAUACUUACGUUCAACAUACUGACUAACAAACACACAAUCUCUUAAAAGCAGCGUAAAAUCUGUUCAUUAAUUUUUGCUUAUUUUGAAGUGUCAUGUGAUGAAUAGAAUACAUCAGGCGGGUACAUUCCAAUGCAAAAAGACAAUUAUUAUGCUUGAUAAUUAAAUUUCAAAUCGAUUGGUAAAGAUUCAUGUAUGUAUAUAAAACCAAUAUGUUUAAUCAACUUAGGCUUUUACGCUAUUGUUUACGCUGGAAUUCACUUGCGAACGAAAGUGAUUAAUGGAUCACGUCUGGAAAACAAAAUGGGGACAAUUGGAAGGAAAUCAAAUUAAUUUUGAAUUUUCAGUCGAACGUGAACAAAAAUUAGGGUGAUUAUUAUCUCCGCUCCGUAGGGUUCGUGUUUCCUAUAGUAUUUUUUUUAUCGUAAAGAUGAAAUGUAGAAGACAACAUCUCUCUGUAUUUAAACUGCAUUGCUCCGAUUUUGUGUCCCUUCAAUUUUUUGUCCUUUCGACCUUUGUCUAAUAUGAAUGUUCUAAACAUGGGUCCAUCUGAAGUAUUCUAUUCAAUUGACCAAUAAACUACUUAGUGCUCACGGUAGUAUAUGACGUCAACAAUGAUUCAGCACCGUUUGCAAUACAGUUUACAUAUUACUGACAAAACUCGAUUGAAAACAUUUAAUGGAAAGAAAUAGAAGAACAUAGAACAUUGGUAUUUCAAUUUAUUCUAUUUUUGAUUGUUGUUUUCGUUGCAUUAGAAGUGUUCCAAUAGUGUGUUGUAGAGUACUUGUGUUCUAGUAAGAAUCCACCAUAAACGUAGUUAGAUGCACUACCAUACUUUUUUUACUUAACGUACAAUAACUCAACUGUAUAAAUAUUGAUUUUGUUGCCUUUUUUCGCAGGUAGUUAUUUUAAUUUAUUUUCUUUUGGAGAUCUAACUGGUUGGUAUGGUUGUCAAAACAAUAGUGUUUUAGAGUAAACAAAAUUUCCAGCAACACUUCAAAUACAUUACUUAUAUCACCAACACAUGGGGAGAUCGUUGCCUGGAUCUUUUUGCCUGUCUUGGCACGGUGGUUUCCAUACCACUAACCAAGCCGUCCACAACCAGGGCGUUAGGCAAGAAGAUUCACGCUUCGAUUGUGUGCUGUUCAAUAGAUGGUCUUCCUUUCUCCCUUUCACCCUCUAUCGCUUCAUACUUGUUCGCGCCCUAGCGAAUGGCUUUCAAUCUAAUGAUUUUCAAUUAUCUUUCGAUUAUCUACUCCCUCAUACUUUGAGUAGAAAUGACCGAUAAAGCCGAUAAACAAAUCAUAUAUCACCAGGGUAAAUUAAAGCUGCUUAUCAAUAUUUGCCACAAAACAUCGGUGUGAAUUCCAAUAUGUUGCCCUGUGAAAGAUGAUUUUUAUUAAAUCAAAAAUUGAGAGCAACAAAUUGUGCUCAAUCCUUGGAUGUCGGGAACGAAUAUCUUCUUCUAUCGCCACCCCUCUCCCCCCCUCGAAAUUUCGUGUCCAAAUUUAUUUAUUUGAGGGGGGAUUUCACUAUUUCACCGGAAAAAUAAUAAAAUUUUAAACUUUCAUAAAAAAAUCUUUAAGAAAACAGAUAAGUUUUCCAAUUUUAUCAAUUUUUGUCUUUAUUUUUUAUUUCCCACCUUCAUUAUCAAUAGGUCAGUGGGACAAAAGAAGAAAUUAACUACUACCUUUUGUUUGACAAAAUUUCUUUCAAAAUGAUCAAAAAUCAACAUUUUCAUUUAAAAAAUGCGUCCUUUGAGCCUAUUAGUGCGGUUGUGCUAUGGCUCCGUCUAAGUCAACGGAUCAGGCUCGAAUGAGCGAUAUAUUCUACAGAACGGACCAACAAUCUUUUAUAAAUAAAACAUCGCAUGCGCCACACUGAUAGGGUGGUCACUACAAUACUCUGCCAUUAUUUUUUAUACUACUCGCAAAAAAAUGGAUUAAGCUAGGGUUUGGUUUGCUGGAUAUCUAAAAUGACUUCUUUACGAGGAAGCGGAACCAUAACACUUACCAACCGGUUAGUUAGUGCAUCUUUAUUCGGUUAGAGAUAUUGUUCCAUGUGUUAACAAUCCUUACCUAAAUCUCACAGAACCUUCACAAUUUUCCCUCCAUUCUAACUCAUUUCCUCGUAAUCAAUCCACCUAUUUAGAAAGACACUGGCAUAUCACACUCCGAACUCGUAGACUACUAAUUCCUUUUUUCUCUCUUUCCCCUUGAUCGAACACCUUUUGUAAUACUACAUGCAUACUCUAUUAUCGGAAGCUAAGCCUCCAGCGAUGGUAGAUUAACAAAAUCAAUCGUACUACUGCAUGACAAAUUAAAAUCCCACAAAUAUUUCAAAAGCGUUUGAUACUAUACUGCAUAUUAUAGUUAUAGAAGUAAUCACAAUACGCUAUACUGACGAAAUUUGUAAAUUUAAUACAAAACCAGAAGAUUCGAACCAAACUUUUUAUAUACAAACUCAGUAGAGAAAGCAAAUGCGUUUAGGCGAACAAAAACGUGUACGAAGUAAUAAUGAUUGAACUAUAUCAUACUAUAACCCACUUAUGCCAUAGAAUUUCCAGUAGAAGUAGAUGCAAAUGUGAUGUAAUAUGUAGACCAUAAACCUAUAGCGUGAAAAGUAAUCGCGUGAACUUUUUCGACACAAAACAAAACAUGGUACUUAAAAGUUACACGUGCGUUCAGCCAGUGUUGUAUGAUAUUUGUACUGCUGAGAAGCAAACCAAUUGCUUGUUAUGAAAAUAUCUACAUAUAUGAAUAGCUCAUAAUAGGACAAACCUGUAUUACAUACGUAGCGUGUAAGCAAGUAAUAAUGCCAUCGCCUAUGGCAACUACUUUGGAGAUUAUGUUUUUUUUAUUACUCAUUUUCUUAGUUGUUAGAUUUGCUUUAAGUAAUUAGCAAUAGUUUAUCUGUGUAAUCAAUUUCGAAAUCUAUAGUAACAUCUUUAGUUUGCACAUUUGUUCCGAAACUAAAGCCAUUUGACUUCACUUUAUUUAGACUCUUGAGUAUUGAUUUUCGAUAGCACUUAGAUUGAAUCAAGUUUGUCGAGUUCACGUAAUUAGAAUAGAUUGUUCCAUGCAGUGUUUGAACAUCACUUACUGAUAUGAUAAAAGGAUAUUAAACCAGAACAACAAAACAAUAAUUACAGGAAUAAUCAAUAUUCACGUAUAAUGUUUGAAGUUGAAAUAAA